ACCCAUACCCAAAUCCAUGCUGAGUAUACCCAGCAGGUCGCAGGUCCGGUCCCGGUCCCGGUCCCGGUCCUUUGCCACCUCUAUUUUUACUCAAGGGACCCGUUAGAGCUUAUGACUUUUGACAUACAACUUUUAGCAAAUUUUUAUACCUCUCUCUCUCUCUCGUAGGCUUGCCCAAUUACAAAUCCUAAGCAUGCACAGACCAUCCUCCAAUGAAUGGCGGACCAAGGGCGCUGUCCGCCACCUUCAAUCGCAUGCACCACAUUGCCCUCCACCUCCUGUACUCUUCCAAUCAAACCGUCACCACACUCUUUACUCUCAAACAACUCCAUGUCUACCUCCUCAAAGCCCAACUCCACCACCUCCACUCCAAGUUUCUCUUACACUGCUCCAAGCUACUAAUAAACCCAAGUUACGCCUCCUCAUUCUUCACCCAAAUCCCCACCCCAAAUUCAUUCGAAUUCAACACGAUUAUCCGAAUUCUUCAAACUAGUGGCGAACCCCAACAAGCCCUAUCCAUCUUUCGCAGAAUGCAUGACGAGAAUGUGCAGUUCGACCACUUUACGCUUCCCUUUAUGGCUCGAGCGUGCGUGGAGUUGUCGAACCUGGGUCUCGGCCAAGUGGUGCAUGGUCAGGCUGCGAGGCUUGGAUUGGACGCCGAUGUCUUUGUUCAAACGAGCCUCAUUGAGCUGUAUAUGGGUUGCGAGUGUGUACCAGAAGCGAGACAAGUGUUUGAUGAGAUGCCCAAGAGAGAUGUGGUGGCUUGGACAGCGAUCAUAUCUGGUUAUGUGAACAAGUGCAGGGAUAUGGGGGUUGCAUGUCAAUUGUUUGAGGAGAUGCCGGAUAAAGAUGUUGUUUGUUGGAAUAUUGUGAUUAGUGGGUUCAUCAAAAUUGGUGAUAUGGGUAAGGCUAGUGAACUUUUUUGUAAUGCUCCCAUCAAAGAUUUGCUCAUGUGCAAUACAAUUAUGGCUGGAUUUGUCACGGUUGGGGAUUUUGAGGCGGCUUACAAAGUGUUUGAUGAAAUGCCUCGAAGAGAUGUCGUUUCUUGGAACACUUUGAUUAGUGGAUUAGUUCAAGGUGGGCUUUUCAAUGAAGCGAUAAGCUUGUUUCGUCGGAUGAUGAAGGAGGGUAUUGAACUUAAUGAGGUGACCAUAGUUAGCGUUCUAUCUGCAUGUGCCCAAAUGGGUGCCCUAGACUUGGGUAGAUGGGUUCACAGUUAUAUUGAUAGGAUGGGGUUUAGAGUGAGUGUUCUGAUAGGAACUGCCUUAGUGGAUAUGUAUUCCAAGUGUGGAGCCCUCAAAGUAGCUCGACAGGUGUUCGAGGUGCUCUCGGACAAAGAUGUGGCCUUGUGGAAUGCGAUGAUUUUGGGUCUUGCUAUGCACGGAAAAAGUAAGGAGGCUUUAGAAUUUUUUGAUCAAAUGGAGGGAGAAUCAGUGAGACCAAAUGAGGUUACAGUGCUUGGAGCUCUAUGCGCAUGUAGCCAUGCAGGGUUGGUAACUGAAGGGCAAAGGAUCUUUCGCUCAAUGGGCUCUACAUUGGGGCUUAAGCCUCGGCUUGAGCACUAUGGGUGCAUGGUCGACCUCUUGGGUCGUGCUGGCUUGUUGAACGAGGCCUAUGAAUUGAUAAAAGGGAUGCCAAUUGAGCCUCAUGUUGGAGUUUGGGGUGCUUUGCUUGGUGCCUGCAAAAUUCAUGGCAAUGUAGAAUUAGCUGAGUUAUCAUUUGAGCGAUUGCUUGAAUUGGACCAGAGAGAUGGAGGAUACUCUGCCAUCCUAUCUAAUAUAUAUGCCAAUGCGGGUCGGUGGGGUGAUUUUGCGAGGGUGAGGGAGAUGAUGAGAGAAAGAAUGAUCUAUAAGGAGCCUGGUUGUAGCUCCAUCGAGAUAAAUGGCGAGGUUCAUGAAUUCGGAGUGAGAGAUAAAGCUCACCUUCGAUCCAAGGAGUUGUGUAAGAUGCUUGAAGAGAUUUCGAGGAGAUUGAAAAUGGUUGGUUAUGUUGCCAAGACAUCUGAGGUGUUCUUUGAUGUACAAGAGGAGGAGAAAGAGCUGGCAUUGUGUUAUCAUAGUGAGAAACUAGCUAUUGCGUAUGGCUUGAUUCACACUGAUAGUGGGGCUACCAUUCGGAUAGUGAAAAAUCUAAGGGUUUGUGGUGAUUGCCAUACUGCAACGAAGCUCAUUUCCAAAAUAUUUGAUCGAGAAAUUGUCGUUAGGGAUCGCAGUCGAUUCCACCACUUUAGAGAGGGUUCGUGUUCUUGUGGAGAUUAUUGGUAAAUGCAUUCAGGCCUUCCAUGCCUGAAGGGUAGCAAGCACAUUGUUGUAUUUGCAUUUUUUGUGUACAGUAUUUAGCUAUGUACAGUUGCUCCAAGAACUUUUGCACUAAAUCUCUAACAAAACUUUUUUAGGUUGAAAUAAUUUCCAUCAUUUACAAAAU